AUGUCUUCACAUCCCUCAUCGCUUGGUGUAGAGGCGCGCUCCGGCGCAGUCUGUCGUGCUCUCGAAUCCUGUUUACCUCAUUACGACACCAUCAUCGCCAGGCGUCCCUCAAAAACGGACGCACUGGAACAGCUCAAUGUCAUAGAUGCUGAGAUACGUGCCGUCGACACGUCCGUUGCCUUGCUACGACGACGCCGUAACGCGCUUUCGCCAAGCAGCCGCCUGUACCCGGAGAUCCUCGCACAUAUACUAGGAUAUCUACGCGAGCUCUCGCCUUUCAACAAGUCUUACAUCAAGGGCACAGGCCUUGUGUUAGAUAUUGGGUGGGUAAUGGCUACCCACGUGUGCUCUUACUGGCGGACGGUGGCCAUGCAAAACUCCUGGCUGUGGUCCCGGAUCACCUUCUGCUUGGGAGAGCGUUGGGUUACCGAAUUCCUUCGGCGUGCGUCGGUUGGUCGUCUUGACUUGAGUUACGCCUCAAGAUACCAAUCUUCGAGGGUCGAGACCGUUGUGAACGAGCGUCCAGGAGUGUUCAACCGCAUACUAGAGGACGCCGGCGACCGAAUUCAGUCUCUCACAGUCGUUGGCAGUUUCAAACUGGACGAGACUUACCCUGCCCUAUACCCAACGUUUAUGUCAACCCCCAACGCAUGCAUCGACACGCUGGUACUUCGAAGUGUAUCAUCCUCCACGCCACCUUCCACUGGUCUCACUUGGCCAAAACACCUGUUCGCGGGAAACGCACCCAACCUUCGUUCGCUGGAAGUUUAUCAAGGGUUUUCCGAGUUGUUCACUUUUAUAUCCCCCGUUCUUGCUCAUCUAUCGUCCCUGACGCUCACUGCAAACUGUACGAAGACGACUUAUCGCGAAUUGCACGAUCUAUUGUCCCAUGCUUCUCGGCUUCAGCAUCUCAUGGUCACCGAUCACGAGUGGCCUUUGGGAGAGGACGCCGCCAAUUCCUUUGGGCCCAUCAACUUUCCCAGCCUGAAGACCUAUCACAUGGAAGGCCCACUCGCGGAGUCCAUCUCUCUAUUUCAUCUCGUCCGGGUACCCAUCACCUGCUCAGUCACGAUCGCGUGCGGUCUGAAGCGCCGUGACAACUUCGCCAUCGAGGUCCCGCGCCUCGCGAAAGUCAUCACUCGACAAGACGGCCCGUUCACAGGGAUCAAAACGCUUGAGCUCGCCAGUCGUCGGGUCCCCAAGAAGUGCUAUAUGAUUUCUGGAUGGCGCCACGAUUCUUCAACCAUCCUUAUGGAUGAUUUCACGGAGGAUGGCCACCCUCGAGCAGAAACGAGGAUCUCGCCCGACUGCAGCAUUAUGUUUCAACAGCCGCCGAACCCGGGUUUGAAGCUGGACACCUAUGCGCCGGAGUUCAUGUCCCUAUUUCCCCUCUUGCCUCUCGGCGGAGUGGUUAACCUAUCCUUCCGAUCGUCGGCCUUGCGGUACAAUUUCUCAGACUGGCCGUACCUUCGUCGGGCCUGCGUUGCCCUUCGCUGGUUACGCCUCGACAAGAACAUAGCUAUGAACUUCGUACCGAAAUCACGCUAUGGAACCGGGGAAACACCGUACAAUGCUCCUGCAUCCGUGCGAGAGCUUGUACUCGCGAACGCCGACGACUACCAUAACGGCAAGCUGGACACAGGCGCACUCGAGGAUGCCCUUCAAUCUCGUGGCCGGGCAGCGCUCGCUUCGGUGGUGACGGAUUUAUACAACAUGCGGGACUUGGACCAAAAGUUCCCGACCUUGAAGUUCCAACGGGUGCGACGUGUGUACAGAGGCGAUGCCGAGGACAAAAACCAGUAG